ACAGAAAGUUCUUCUACGAUGUCGUACAGACGAGAACUAGAGAAAUACCGUGACCUGGAUGAAGAUGAAAUCCUUGGAGCCCUAACAGAAGAAGAGCUGAGGACCCUGGAAAAUGAGCUGGAUGAGCUGGACCCUGAUAAUGCACUGCUGCCUGCGGGCCUGAGGCAGAAGGAUCAGACCACCAAGGCGCCCACAGGCCCCUUUAAAAGGGAGGAGCUCUUGGAUCACUUGGAAAAGCAAGCAAAGGAGUUUAAGGACCGAGAAGAUCUGGUCCCCUACACAGGGGAGAAGCGAGGAAAAGUCUGGGUCCCCAAGCAGAAGCCGAUGGACCCCGUGCUGGAAAGUGUGACACUGGAGCCGGAGCUGGAGGAGGCCCUGGCAAAUGCCUCGGAUGCGGAACUCUGUGACAUCGCAGCUAUCCUGGGCAUGCACACGCUCAUGAGCAACCAGCAGUACUACCAGGCCUUGGGCAGCAGCUCCAUCGUGAACAAGGAGGGACUCAACAGUGUGAUCAAACCUACACAAUACAAGCCUGUGCCUGAUGAAGAACCAAAUGCAACAGACUUGGAGGAAACGCUGGAGCGGAUAAAGAGCAACGACCCAAAACUUGAAGAGGUCAACCUCAACAACAUCCGGAAUAUCCCCAUACCCACUCUCAAGGCGUACGCAGAAGCCCUGAAAGAGAACUCAUAUGUGAAGAAGUUCAGCAUCGUGGGGACACGGAGCAAUGACCCCGUGGCAUUCGCCCUUGCUGAGAUGCUCAAGGUGAACAAGGUGUUGAAGACACUGAACGUGGAGUCCAACUUCAUUUCCGGAGCCGGGAUCCUGCGCCUGGUGGAAGCUCUUCCAUACAACACUUCUCUGGUGGAACUGAAGAUCGAUAACCAGAGCCAGCCCUUGGGCAACAAAGUGGAAAUGGAGAUCGUGAGCAUGUUGGAAAAAAAUGCAACACUUCUCAAAUUCGGCUACCACUUCACUCAGCAGGGGCCCCGGCUGCGGGCGUCCAACGCGAUGAUGAACAACAACGACCUUGUGAGGAAGAGGAGGCUGGCAGACUUGACCGGGCCCAUCAUUCCCAAGUGCCGGAGUGGCGUCUAGUGUGUGCGGGUGCCGACCACGCCUUUGAACUGGACGUGUUCUACUGAUAGGCUGUGCUCUGCAGUGGAAACCGGAAGGCAAAUGCCGGCACAAACCCUGUUGUGGUUCAGUUCUUUACGCACUAAGGUGUUAGGUUCGCUAGUGGUUGUAGUUGAAAAUUUUAUAAACUAUGGUGAAUGUGAAGUUUUUCUUUAGUCACAGAAGUUCAGUCCGGUUAUUAUUUAAAAACUAAAAAGCCCCCGAACUGGCAGACCUUACUGACGACAAUGUUAGAGCAGCAGUGACUUAACUCCAGGAGCCCAGUUUCGGUGACCUUGCUGUGUGGUGUUUCAGGUAUAUUUAAAAUGUGUAACAUGAACAAACAGCACCCUCUUCCACGUGAUUGAAAAGCAUUAUAAAAUAUUUUAUUACAAAUUUGAUCUUAGCUCUUUAGCAAACAGAACAUAUCAUCAUUCUUUAUUAAUUCUCCUUUAAAUUUUAAGAACCUCAAGAUUAAAGUUGCUAGAUUGGUUUCUGGAUCAAGAACACAUUUUUUUUCCCCUCAAGAAAGACAAAAAGACUGAAGCCACAGAGCUCUGCCAGGAAUCAAAGAACAUGAGAUUCCUUAAGCUGGUUAAGAGGAAAUGAUAGAAAAAGCCAAUGGUGAAGUCUCAAAUUUUAAAAACCGUCCUUUUUUUUUUUUUUUUUUUAA